AUGAUUUGGGAGAAGCUCUCCAAUCUUCGAUAUUUAUUCCAAGGCAAAAGGAAGGAUUAUGAUGGUACACACUACCACGAUGAAGUCGACGUUGGUUGUACACUUCGACUGGUGGACAAAGCGGCGAUGCGUGGUGACAGCGACGAGGAUGACUCGGACUAUUACGAGGACGAAGAGUACAGUGACGAGGAAUACUGGGACGAAGAUGAGGAAUAUGACGAGGAUGAAGAGGAAUAUGAAGAGGAAGCAGAGGAUGAAGAGGAAGAGGAAUACGGUGAAGAAGAGGUUGAAGAGGAAGAAGAACAAGAAGAGGAGAGUUGUGAAGGCGAAGAUGAAAUGCACAGUUUUGCGGAGAGUGCUGAAGAAGAAAGUGUACGGGCUCCUAUUCCAUUAAUAAUCGUCCAACAGCCAGAUGUUGAAGAAGAAUAUUUGGAUGUCGAGGAGAUGGAUGGCGAAUUUGAAGUGAGUUAUGAUUUUUUUCUUCAGUCAUACAUUUAA